CAUGUUUUAAAAUCCCCAACAAUUUUCUUCUUGGAUUGGGAAACUAGGGGACUUAGUGUAUGACACUCGAUCUCCAAUGUCUUCACCGCAAUUGCAAUCACAUCCAUUUUUCAAUCCAUCUAAAACUAACCCUAACCUAAUCUUCUCAAAAUCCCCAUUGUUUCUUCCUUAUUUCUCAACCCCAAUCCGUAAUUACAAUCCAAAACCCAAUGCCUUAUCGUUGUCUCUCCAAGAAUUCCCCCCAAAUGCCCUUCGCCGUAAAACCAAUCCACAAUGUACAGUAGGGUUCAGCCUAGGCGUGGAUUUGGGUUCAUCACGUACCGGUCUUGCCCUUAGCAAAGGUUUCUCCGUUCGUCCACUCACGGUUUUGAAAUUGAGAGGACAAAAACUUGAGCUACAACUGCUUGACAUGGCUGAAAGAGAGGAGGUUGAUGAAUUUAUAAUUGGAAUCCCUAAAUCUUGGGAUGGAAAGGAGACCCCUCAAUCGAACAAAGUUCGUAGUAUUGCCGGACGGCUAGCGGUUCGAGCUGCCGAGAGGGGUUGGAGAGUGUAUCUACAAGAUGAACAUGGGACAUCAUCAGAAGCUGCUUACAGGAUGAUUAACUUAGUGCACUCAUUUGUGUGUAAGGCCAGGCGCAUCUGUUUGUGCCUCACAAGGUGGACUAGUGUCCUAGGUCGGGUCCUUAUAUUGAAGAUUUGUGAUUAUGAGAAGAGGACAAUUGCAGAUUGUGCCUCACGACCCAGCCUAGCAUGUCGAAAUUGUCCUUUUUGGAUAUACAUAGAUCCUUUGCAUGCAAAAGAGUGCACUCCACUAUACUAAUUGAUUGACUGUCGUAUUGCUCAUUUGUGUGUAAGGCCACGAGUUUAAAUCUGUGAAGACGCACCUGUUUGUGCCUCGCAACAUGGCCUAGCAUGUUAGGUUUGUUGAUGCCUACGACUUGUUAUGAAAAGAGGACAAUUGCAAAGGCAUAACGUGCUGGGUCAUGAUCGUUCUGUAUCUUUGAAUUUUUUUGUUCUUGAUGUCUGAACUGGAACAUAAUUCUUUCACUUGUAUUUCAGGGGUCUCAACAAGUCUGCACGCCAAAAAACCUCCGAUGCAUAUGCUGCUGUGGUCUGUAGCAUUGUUCUCUUUUUUAUGAUUGAAAAAAGAUAAUAGUAUACUUCUUCAACGGUGAUUCAUGGUUGUAGUAAACUUUUGGUUUAAUUUGUAAAGAAGACCAUGGAUUUCAAUUUUGAUGUCGUUCAUUUUCUUCUUAUACCUCUUUGGUUUUUUUUUCUCACUGCAGAUAUUACUAGAGAGAUACUUUGCCAUGUCCGGUGAGGACAUUGAGAUUGUUUUGCCGAAACAGAUCGAUUUGCAAGAAAAACUUAGAAAGGGUACACCACUGGACAUCGACUUUUCACCCGAAGAAUUUGUUGAUUGAUAAUACCUUGUAAGGAUAACCAAAUCCUUGUGUUUUAUGUAGAGUUUAGGGAAUAUGAAUUUGAGAGUGCAUAUGAAGUAGUGCUUUACACUUGCAA